AACAUGUACACCCUAUUGUAGGUAGGCGGUAGCAUUAGCUGGCUAGCUCAGUAGUAGUAAGCUGACAGGAUGGAAAGUAGUGAAAGGAUGGACGUGGACGGCUGGGACUCCAGCAUGGAAGAGGAGCUGGGCAUUUCUCUGGACGAGCUCAAGAAGUGGAUCGACGACAUGGUGGAGAAGAGCGAGCUGGUGCAGAAGAAGAAGGCUCAGCUCACCGAGCUGAAGCAGUGGGUGGAGCAGAAGGAGGAGGAGAAGGAGAAAACCGAGAAGCUUCUCAACGAUGCCAACCAGUCUGUGUUGGAGUGUGAGAAACUGGUGAAGGCGACUUACCGGAGGAACGGCCUGGUCUACCGGGAGAGCAGCUCGGAGGACGAGGGCGGCGGAGGGAAGGUGCUGUCCUCCGAAGUCAUUGAGAUCGACGACGAUGACGACGACGACGUUAUUGCCGUCGGCUGCUUGGUUCCUCCAAAGAAGUCUUUAACUCCUGCCAAAGAUCACGAGAACAAGGAAACCUCCGCCGCUCUGCAGAAAACCACCCAGCAGGUGCAGAAGUUGUAUCAUAUGGUCACCAAGCCAUCCGCCGUCACGCCGCUGCUCCGGUCGCCAACACAGCCCGCCGGUUUGCAGGGUUCAGGCCCGGCAGUGUUUGUAUCUCAAGUGGCUUCCCAGUCGGUGACGCAGCCGAACCCCAACAUGGCAGAAGACGAGCUGCGAGUCGGGAUGAGCAUUCUGGGAAAGAAACGCACCAAGACGUGGCACAAAGGCACCCUCGUUGCCAUCAAUCCUGUCGGGAACGGUAUAUUGAAGUAUAAAGUGAAGUUUGAUAAAGGAAAGAGUCUCCUGUCUGGAAACCAUGUGGCAUUUGACUAUAACCCCACCCUGGAGAGUCUUUACGUGGGCGCUCGUGUUGUUGCCAAGUACAAGGACGGGAGCCUGGUGUGGCUGUACGCCGGAAUCGUGGCAGAGAUGCCCAACAACAAGAACCGGAUGAGGUUCCUGAUCUUCUUCGACGACGGCUACGCUUCGUAUGUGACGCUUCCUGAGCUGUACCCCGUCUGCCGACCACUGAAGCGCACGUGGGAGGACAUAGAGGACGCGUCGUGUCGGGACUUCAUCGAGGAGUACAUCACCGCGUAUCCCAGCAGGCCCAUGGUGCUGCUCAAGGUCAACCAGAUCAUCAAGACGGAGUGGGAGGGAACCUGGUGGAAAAGCAAGGUGGAGGAAGUCGAUGGCAGCUUGGUCAAGAUCCUCUUUUUGGACGACAAGAGGAGCGAGUGGAUCUACAGAGGCUCCACCAGGUUGGAACCGAUGUUCAAUCUGAAGCUGACCACGGCCAACGCUCAGGAGAAGAAGCUGGCAGGCCAGCAGAGGACGCGGCCGCACAUGGGAGCGUUGAGGAGUAAAGGUCCAGUCGUUCAGUACACCAGUGACGGACUCAUCGGAGCCUCUCCGGCCAAAACGCCUCAGCCCCCCCAGAGCUCACAAACCCCUCAGACCCCCCAGACCCCCCAGGCGCCCCAGGCGCCUCAGCCCUCGCCCAGCCAGCUCUCGCUGACGGCCCAGAGUCACCAGCGACCGCUGUUCCAGCAGUCCCCUCAGGCCACACAGCCGGCGUUUUCCCCACAGCCUCCUCGUGUCGAGAAUAAACAUCAGAUGGCGAAGAAGAGCACUUCUCCGUUCGUCCCUGGGGUCGGAGGCACACAUGCCUCCAAGGUCAUGCAGUCUCUCAACGCCAGUCUGAGUAACCUCUCCACUACGAGAUUGGUGGUUUCAUCCACCACCACCCCGUCCCCGGUCAUGCAGUCGUUUCAGAGGCACCUGGCGCCGGGCCCCCCUCUCGUGUCGCACGCGGUCGCCACCGUCCCACAACAGCCGGCGUACCGCGCGCCGACCGACCGCAUCUUCUACCUGGCGCACGCGUGUCAGCCCGCCUGCUUGAACCGUGUCCGGCCCGCGAACCCGGACACGCACAGAGGAAAGAACCCGCUCCUGACGCCUCUGCUGUACGAUUUCCGACGCAUGACUGGACGACGCAAAGUCAACAGGAAGAUGUCUUUCCACGUGAUCUACAAGGCUCCGUGUGGACUCUGUUUGAGGAACAUGGCGGAGAUCCAGCACUACCUCUUCCAGACUCGCUGUGACUUCAUUUUCCUGGAGAUGUUCUGUCUGGAUCCCUACGUGCUGGUGGACCGGCCCUUCCAGCCCCAAAGACCCUUCUAUUACAUUCCCGACAUCACCAGUGGAAAAGAAGACAUCCCGCUGUCCUGCGUCAACGAGAUCGACACCACGCCGCCUCCGAAAGUCGCUUACAGUAAAGAGCGUAUUCCUGAAGACGGCGUGUUCAUUAACACCAGCUCGGACUUCCUGGUCGGCUGUGAUUGUACCGACGGCUGUCGAGAUAAGUCUAAAUGCUCGUGCCACCAGCUGACCCUUCAGGCUACGGGCUGUACGCCGGGCGCUCAGAUCAACCAGAACGCCGGAUAUUUACAUAAACGAUUAGAGGAGUGCUUGCCCACAGGGAUCUACGAGUGUAACAAAAUGUGCAAAUGCUGUUCUCAGAUGUGCACCAACCGGCUGGUGCAGCACGGCCUUCAGGUCCGCCUGCAGCUUUUCAAAACCCAGAACAAAGGCUGGGGCAUCCGCUGUCUGGACGACGUGGCCAAAGGCUCCUUUGUCUGCAUUUACGCUGGUAAAAUCUUGACGGACGACUUUGCGGACAAAGAAGGUCUAGAGAUGGGGGAUGAGUAUUUUGCCAACCUGGACCACAUAGAGAGUGUGGAGAACUUUAAAGAGGGCUACGAGAGCGAGGCCCACUGCUCGGACAGCGAGGGGAGCGGCGUUGACGUGUCCAGGAUAAAGAUCCAGCCGUCGGCGUUGGUGUCGGGCAGCGGCGGCGGCGGACGUCCGUCGAAGAGAGCUCAAAGCCAAAGCUCAUCAGAAACCAGCAACGACGAGGACGACAAGGAGUCGAAGAGCGAAGAGGAGAGCGACAGCUCGGACGACACGUUUGUGAAGGAGAACCUGUACAGCUCCAGCUCGGUGUGGAGGAGCUACACCACCCGGGGGCAGGUCAAGGGCAACAAGGAAGAGAGUCAGGACAGUAAAGAAGGAACGAGCGCCUCGGCCAAAGGAGCGGAGGACGGGAAGCCGCCGUCCAUGCCGGAGGAGACGGGGAAGAGCAAAGUGGCGUCCUGGCUGACGAGUCAGGGCCUGAAGAAGGACGCUGGAGACAGUAAGAGUCAGCUGAAGCCCGAAACGGGGAAGAAGCAGGAUGUGAUGACCCUCUCUGACAGCGACGACGUUCAGACCAUCAGCUCAGGAUCCGACGACAACAAAGAAAGAGACAAAGUGACCCCGGGGGUCACUAAAAAGCAGGUAGCGGUGAAAUCGACCCGAGGCAUCGCUCUGAAAUCCAGCCAUGGACUGAUGGUGAAAACGGGAGCGUCUGGAGGCGGGGGAGGAUCGGGCGGUCCGGGAGGGAAGAGCGGACAGCAGGGGCAGCCUGGAGGCGGCGGCGAGAACGCAAGCAAGAACACCCGCCUGUUCUUCGACGGCGAAGAGUCAUGCUACAUCAUUGACGCCAAGCUGGAAGGAAAUCUGGGCCGUUACCUCAACCACAGCUGCAGUCCCAACCUGUUCGUCCAGAACGUGUUCGUGGACACGCACGACUUGAGGUUUCCCUGGGUGGCGUUCUUCGCCAGCAAGCGGAUCCGCGCCGGCACUGAGCUGACCUGGGACUACAACUACGAGGUGGGCAGUGUGGAGGGGAAAGUGCUGCUCUGCUGCUGCGGAUCCACGGAGUGCCGGGGGAGACUGCUGUGAUCCACCAAGAACGCCGCGCUACCCGAGGGAAAGCUGCAGCCGUCUCCUUCAAAGCUUCUUCCACUCAGACAUGUUGCCGUCGGGCUGCUGCACAGAACCAGCUGCUUGACCUUUCGCACCCUCCGUGCUGUGUGUGUGAACACGGUGGUGUUACGCUUGGUUUUGCAUGGCUGCUAAGAAUCGCCUUCAACCUGACAGUGGAAGAUACCAAGUAUUGAUUGUGAAAAUCAAGUAGAUUGUACCAAUAAAUUAUGGAUCACGCAGUUUGACUCCACAGUGUUUGUAGUUGCACAAAAGUGAAGGGAUUUUUAAAAAAAAAAAAUAUUAUUUGGGAGGCUGAUGUUGUGCGAUUCCACCUUCUUUUGAAAGCUUCACCUCAGUUACAAACACUACAUAUGCUCUGAGUUCAUCCGAGUGAGUGUGACUCAUGUAACGCUGUUGGCUGACUGAACCAUAUGAAGCAUUCUGGGCAAUUUCAAUCAUCUGCCAAAAUGUUUUAGCUUGAUUUUGCUGCACAGAGACACUCGAGAACAGAGGCACCAACUCUGUCAUGCCAGUGUUAUUUUCCCAGCUCCAGCUGAGCUACCUCUCACUGUGAUGUUGCAUUUAUAUCUGCAAACACCUCUUCAGCACCAGGGGUGCAGUUUUUAGCAGCCAUGCAGAAAUCCUCAUAACACCUGCUGGGUUUGCUUUUAAGCAUCACACUCCUGGAAUGUAGCUCUGUGUCUGAAAACCAGCACAGAGAGGAGAAAUGUUACUUCCUUUUACUGAAUCCAUGUGAUGUGAAAGGGGCUUGUAAAAAAAAAAAAAAAAAAAAA